AUGUGGUCCCUCGAGCAUCAGAACGAAAAGACCGCGGCCGUGACCGAGGAAUCUACAUCGACCCUCCGCGUUGCUGACGGAGUCUACGACGGCGACAUUUACCUGGGUCCCUCGCCUACAGCCCACGAACUGCAGACCCUGCGCAAGGUCGCGGGCUCCAUUGCAGGCUCGGGCUACUGGCUGUGCGCCGUGGAAUUCGCCGAGCGCGCCUCCUACUACGGUUGUUCCUGGGUGUUUGCCAACUUCAUCCAGUACCCCCUCCCACAGGGGGGUAACGGAGCCGGCGCCCCUCCCCGGGACAGCGAACAGACCGCCGGCGCGCUGGGAAUGGGUCUCCAGGCCUCCUCGGCGUUGACGCUUCUCUUCCAAACCCUGGCCUACACCAUCCCCAUCCUGGGCGGGUGGUGGGCAGACGCCCAGCUGGGCCGGUACGCGACCAUCGUGCUCGGCGUGGUGAUUUGUGGUCUCGCUCAUGUUAUCAUGGUUGCUGGUGCGGUUCCUGCCGUCUUGCAGCGCGGCCAUGGCCUGCCGCCCUUCCUGGUCAGCGUGCUUCUUCUCGCCUUUGGUGCCGGCCUCUUCAAACCCAACAUCUGUCCGACGGUUAUCGACCAGGUCACCGUGCACCAGCCGUACGUCAAGCUUCUCAAGACUGGAGAACGCGUGAUUGUCGAUCCGGAGACGACCAUCCAGCGGCUGACGCUUACUUUCUACGCCCUGGUUAAUGUCGGAGCUUUCUUCGGUCUGGCAACCACAUACGCUGAAAAACUGGUGGGCUACUGGUUGGCCUUCCUGCUGCCGGGUCUGGUAUACCUUCUCAUGCCGGUGAUCCUUCUCUUCGCCUACAAGCGCACGGUGAAGGUGCCCCCCCAGGGCAACGUGCUGGGCGAUGUGUUCCGCGUGCUGCGCGUGAGCUUCGGCGAGCAUGGAUUCCGCCGACUGGGUAGCCAGGCGUGGUUCGACGCCGCGAAACCCUCCAUUCUAGCCCGGCAGGGGGUUCACACGAUCCGCGGGCGGCCGAUCAGCUGGACGGACGAGUUUGUCGAGGACGUGCGCCGCACCGUGAUUGCCUGCCAGAUCUUUGCCUUCUACCCGCUGUACGCGCUGAACGACAACGGGGUGGGCACCAUCCAGAACGCACAGGGCGGGUCGAUGACGAAGCGCGGCGCGCCCAACGACCUGAUCAGCAACUUCAACCCGCUGACCAUCAUCGUCUUCUGCCCGCUGUUCAACUACGUACUGUACCCGUUUCUGCGGCAGCGGCGCGUCGCCUUCGGCCCCAUCAAACGCAUCACGCUGGGUUUUCUCCUCGCCGCCGUGGGCGCUGCCGUGGGUGCCAUCCUGCAGUGGCAGGUCUACGCUACGUCCCCCUGCGGCUACUACGCGACCACCUGCGAGGAUGAGGGGAAAGGCGUGUCCCCGAUCUCUAUCUGGGCGCAGACUCCAAUCUACGUGCUCUCCGCCCUGUCGGAACUGUUCGCCAACGUCACGGCGUACGAGCUGGCGUAUGCGCGCUCCCCACGGUCGAUGCGCGGCCUCGUCUCUGCCCUUUUCCUCGCGGCCACUGCCGUCUCUGCCGCAAUCGGCCAGGCCGUUCUUCCUGCUUUACAGGAUCCGUACCUCAUCUGGCCGUACGUCGGCACUGCCGUGCCGGGCUUUCUCGCUGCGUUUGUCUUCUACUUCAUGUACCGACAUAUCGAUGAUGAGAGUUUUCUCUGGGAUUAA